AUGGAAGACGCGAUUGCCCAAAUCGUGUCUUACUUCAAGCAUGCGGCGCAAGGUCUUGAAGAACGCAAGCGGGCGCUCUACCUGCUUGGGCCAGUCGGUAGGGGUAAGUCAUCGGUUGCCGAAAAACUCAAAGGGCUGAUGCAGGCCUUUCCGAUCUACGCACUCAAGGACUCACCGGUUAAUGAGUCACCCCUGGGGCUCAUUAACCCAGAGCGGGAUAGUGAGGGAGGCACUGGAAAAGGAAUAUGGCAUUCCCAGCGCUAUCUGACCGGCAUCAUGAGCCCGUGGGCGAUCAAGCAGCUCGCUGAAUUCGACGGUGACAUCACCCAGUUCAAGGUUGUCAAGAUUCAACCCUCAGUGUUUUAG